CCAAUUGUUUGACAUUAUUAAACUGCAAUGCAGUUAUGUGAAGUAACCGAGAAAAACAUCUUGACGAACACCAAUCUGAGUGGUGGAGGAAUAACUAGUUUGAAACCCGGAUCCCAAAACCCUCUCUCGCUGAAAACAAUGACAGUGACGACAGUUCCAGAUGAAAUAUCUCUGGAGGAACUGCUCUCUGGUCUAAUGCGACUGCCCAACCAUAAAACAAAGUACCCGAACAAAUACGAGCAGAAAACAGAG